GGCGGGAGGCGGCGGCGGCGGCGGCGGGGUCGGCGAUGGCUUUCGAGGCGCUGGCGGAGGCGGCGGAGCGGUGGUGCGCCCGCACGCCCUUCCAGCUCAUCGCCGCCGAGGAGACGGAGCGGCGCAUGGACUUCUACGCCGAGCCCGGCGUCUCCUUCUACGUGCUGUGCCCGGAGGCCGCCUGCGGGGACAAUUUCCACGUGUGGAGCGAAAGUGAAGACUGCUUACCUUUUCUGCAGCUCGCACAGGAUUACAUCUCCUCCUGUGGGAAAAAGACACUCCAUGAAAUAUUGGAAAAAGUCUUCAAAUCCUUCAGACCUUUACUUGGGCUUCCAGAUGUUGAUGAUGAUGCAUUUGAAGAAUAUAACGCAGAUGUGGAAGAAGAGGAACCAGAAGCUGAUCACCAACAGAUGGGUGUCAGUCAGCAGUGAUUUUCUGAGAAGCUAAAAUAAUUCGGAAGUCUUUGGUACCAGGUGGGGUCAGGUGGUCCCACGUUAGCCUGUUCGAAUUAGCACAUCACAAGGGGAUAUCUGGCUGCCAAGAUAAAAGUUUUACAAAAAAAAUGGUUUUUAAAAAAAAAAAAAAUAAUAAUUUGUGAUGAGCUUUGCUAAGAAGUGACCUGAA